AUUUAUUACACAGCAAAGUAUAAAACCACCCAGCCGCUGCCGCUCCGUCUCCAGCCCUGGCAUUCGCCCGAGGAGACCACGGCGCCUGGAGCCCCGGCCCCUGCUCCUGGAGGCUCUGUGGCUCGGUUGAGAAUCAUGCUGGGGCGGCUCACCGGUUGGCACCUGCUGGCUUUGUGUUUCCUCCCAUUUUGCCUGUGUCAAGAUGAAUACAUGGAGGUGAGCGGAAGAGCUAAUAAAGUGGUGGCGAGAAUAGUGCAAAGCCACCAGCAGACCGGCCAUAGUGGCUCCAGGAGGGAGAAAGUGAGAGAGCGGAGCCAUCCUAAAACGGGGACUGUGGAUAAUAACACGUCUACAGACCUCAGAUCCCUGAGACCAGAUGAGCUACCGCACCCCGAGGUAGAUGACCUAGCCCAGAUCACCCCCUUCUGGGGCCAGUCUCCAUCGACUGGAGGACUGCCCCCAGACUGUAGCAAGUGUUGCCAUGGAGAUUACAGCUUCCGAGGCUACCAAGGGCCUCCCGGCCCCCCUGGCCCCCCUGGCAUUCCAGGAAACCAUGGAAACAAUGGCAAUAACGGAGCCACUGGUCAUGAAGGAGCCAAAGGUGAGAAAGGAGACAAAGGUGACCUGGGGCCACGAGGGGAACGGGGGCAGCAUGGCCCCAAAGGAGAGAAGGGCUACCCAGGGAUUCCACCAGAACUGCAGAUCGCGUUCAUGGCUUCCCUGGCGACUCAUUUCAGCAACCAGAACAGUGGGAUCAUCUUCAGCAGCGUUGAGACCAAUAUCGGAAACUUCUUUGAUGUCAUGACUGGUAGAUUUGGGGCCCCGGUAUCAGGUGUGUAUUUCUUCACCUUCAGCAUGAUGAAGCACGAGGAUGUGGAGGAAGUGUAUGUGUAUCUCAUGCACAACGGCAACACAGUCUUCAGCAUGUACAGCUAUGAAACAAAGGGGAAAUCAGAUACGUCCAGCAACCACGCUGUGCUGAAGCUGGCCAAAGGAGAUGAGGUUUGGCUGAGAAUGGGCAACGGCGCUCUUCACGGGGACCACCAACGCUUCUCUACCUUUGCAGGCUUCCUGCUCUUCGAGACUAAGUAAAUAUGUGAAUGGACCAGCUCUCCUUUGGGGAAGACUGUAGCUGAGCUGGUACCAUUAUGACCUGAGGGAUACUAGAGUUAAGGGUUCUACAUGUUGUAUUUUUUCAAAAGUUAUUGGUUACAUUGCUAAUCAUGCUACAGAUACAGCAGUAAUGUUGGAUGACUCAGGGGCUCAGAAGAAUAAAACACAAAGCAGUUUUACCAAGUGACCUUCCCCAACAUGCUUACCCCUUUGUCACUCUUCCCUGGGCACCUAAAGAGAAUCCCCCUCUCGAUACAAGUUGGAAACAAUUGUUCCUAUCAGGGAAGUAAUUUGCAAAGAGUUUUGGUGGUUCUGUUUUUAAUUUAAUAGCAGCUUUCAGGAACCCGUGAGGUGUGGGGUUCAUCAUUCAUUUCAUUAUAACUUUUCAGUGAAUAGGAAGCAGUGAUUAUGAUGGGGCUGGGGCAAAAACAGGGGCACUUGC